AACUCAACGUAUUUUCUCACACCAAUAUUCAAACUUCAUUUAACACAUAAUCUAAUAAUUCAAUUACUUUUCUAGUCUUUUCUUAACCCCAAACAUUUCAAUGGCAACAGAAGAGCCAAUUGUUGCUGCAGCACCCGAACCAGCCACCGUCGAAUCACCAGCUAAGGAGAUUGAGGAACCAAAAUCCGAAUCGCAGAAGGUGAAGAAAGCCAAGGAAACCAAACCUAAGAAAACUUCCAAACCACGAAACCCUACUUCACAUCCCACUUACGAAGAGAUGAUUAAGGAUGCAAUUGUGAGUUUAAAGGAGAAGACAGGUUCAAGCCAAUACGCUAUUGCAAAAUUCAUCGAAGAGAAAUAUAAACAGCUUCCUCCGAAUUUCAAGAAGCUAUUGCUUCACAAUUUGAAGAAGAAUGUUGCUUCUGGAAAGCUUGUUAAGGUUAAAGGUUCAUUCAAGCUUUCUCCGGCAAUGAAGCCUUCAGUGACUACAACGAAGAAGAAGGCCGUAGCGGAAAAGCCCAAGCCCAAGCCGAAACCAUCUGCCAAGGUUAAGGCAGUGAAAUCAAAGACUGCCGAGAAGCCGAAGUCUAAAUCUGUUACUGCGAAGCCAAAGUCCAAGCCUGCUGCGAAGCCCAAGCCUGCUGAUGUGAAGCCCAAGUCUGCCGCUGCUAAGCCCAAGUCUGCUGCUGCUAAGCCCAAAGUUGCUGCCAAGGUGAAAGCAGCUGUGAAACCGAAGGAGAAACCCGUGAAGGCCGCAAGGACGUCGACUAGAACAACACCGGGGAAGAAAGUUGCUGCAGCACCUAAGAAAGCUGUGGCAGCUAAGAAAGCUCCUGUGAAGGCUAAAAGUGUAAAAUCUCCGGUGAAGAAAGUAUUGACGAAGAGAGGGGGAAAGAAAUGAGAGUUGGAGAGUAAUUUCAUUUUAGUUAUAGGGUUGUAAAGUUCUUUAAUAUCGUGGGUGGUUCAACCGAUGUCCAUGAUAAUAACAAAAUUUUAUAUGAUCUUUAUAUGAUUGAAUUCUUAUAACUAAAUUCUUGUUAAAAGAUAAUGGUAAUUGAAGUGUUUCUAUGUAA